AUGCUUGUACGAUUGUUUUGUUUUGUUUUGUGCGUGACUGUCAGUGCUGGGGAUACAUCGAGUAAGACUUUGAUUAGAGUAAGUGAUGAAUAUUAUGCUUAUGGACAACAUCCAGGUAUUCAGACGCCGCCAUGUAGAGAUUGCAGCUGUGGAGAACGCAACGAAGAGCCUAGAGUGGUAGGCGGUACUGAAUCUCAAGUGAACGCAUUUCCAUGGAUAGCUCGUCUAAUCUACAUGAACUCCUUCGGCUGUGGAGCAUCAUUAAUUAAUGACAGAUAUGUUAUUUCAGCUGCACAUUGCGUUAAAGGUUUUAUGUGGUUUAUGUUCCGAGUGAAAUUCGGUGAGCAUAACCGGUGCGAGGUCCAACGUAUGCCCGAAACUCGAUAUUUGGUGAAAAUGUACGUGCAUAAUUUCACAUUAACUGAAUUAACAAAUGAUAUCUCAUUGCUACAGUUAAAUGAACCUAUGGACUAUUCAUAUGCGAUAAGACCUGUGUGUUUACCUAAGGAUUCUCAAAACUUAUACGUUGGGUCAACAGCAACUGUGGCGGGGUGGGGGGCCACUGCGGAGACUGGCAACUGGUCUUGCACUUUGAUGGAGGCACAACUACCAGUUCUUAGCAAUGAGCAAUGUCAGAACACGAAAUAUAAUAAAACGAAGAUCAAAGAUGUGAUGAUGUGCGCUGGUUAUCCCGCAACAGCUCAUAAGGAUGGUUGUACGGGCGACAGCGGUGGACCUUUGAUAGUUGAAAAUGCAGAGCAUGCUUAUGAAUUAGUCGGUAUUGUAUCGUGGGGUUAUGGAUGUGCUCGGAGGGGAUAUCCAGGUGUUUACACGAGGAUGACAAAAUAUAUCGAUUGGAUUUUAGAAAUCACAAGAGAUGCCUGUUACUGUGACGAU